AUGAUAAGAUUAAAGAGGAGAGGUUUAGAGGAUUUUGAGAAUAAGAAAACAAUUCUAUGGAUAACAACAAGAAAAAAAUAGAUUUUAAAUGAGUAUAUAAUUUUAUAAAUGAAUGGCACUGAUAUAAUAUUUUCAGCCUUAAGUUCAUAACCUGAGAAUCUUCAGAUAGAAUUAUAGGCAGAACAACAAAAUGAAUAUGAAAAGGAAUAUUUGGAAGCGGAUUUGGUUUCAAGAAUAAGGACAAGAAAUCCAAGCACCAAUAAUUUCACAAUAAAAUCAACAACAAAUAUAGACACUCGUAGAAAUUGUGAGCCAUUAAUCAACUAGGAUGAGGAUAUUAAAAAGAACACUUGCAAAAAGACAGGCACUAAUUUAAUGAAAUAUUUUUAUCUGAAACGAUUCAUCUAACGUAUUAGGAACAAUAGAACUAAGUUAUCAAAUGUCAAUGAAAAUCACAUCAAAUUAAUUAACGAUAAUUCAAGUGAUAGUUAAGUGAUGAUUUAGAUUCUUAAAUUAAAUAAUCAUUAGCAUUUUCAAAUACGCAAUGUCACCAAAUUAUUUCGUGAUAGCACUCUAUCUUCGCAUGAACAUCCCUUCCUCAUUUGGAUUAGAGAGAAAUAUUAAUAAAGCAGAAAGUCUAUAUAUGAGAUUCUAUCUAAAAUCCCAUAAGUACAUCCUGAAUCCCUCAAAAAGAUCGUUUGGGACUAUUUCACUAUUGUUUUUAGGUUGCUUUUAUUAAUAUUAAUUCCAUUAGAAAUUGCAUAUAACCCUCAAAUUUUAUUUGAGAAAUUGCUGGGUCUCACAGUUACUAUUAUCAUCAUAUUAAUAGUUGAUAAUAUAUUGAGAUUAAAUACUAUUUGUUACUUGAGUGGAUAGGCAGUAUAUGAUAGAUGGAAAAUUAUCUAAGUGAAUUUAAAUCUAUAGACAAUUUCAGACUUCGCAUUAAUAUUUUUAUUAAUCUACUUUACUAAAAAUGAAGGAAAUUAAUUUAAAUAUUUGGUGCUAUUAAUAUCUCUGACUCAACACUAUCAAAUUAACUAAACCUUAUAAAAGAGUGAAGAAUCCCAAUACUUCACCAAAAAGCAAAAAGCAUUCAUCAAUUUAUUUAAAUUGAUAAUCUAUUUGAUUUAUGUUCUCCAUUUAUUUUCUUGUAUAUGGUUUUUCAACAGUUCAUUAAACUAGGGGAAUUCCUGGAUCAUCUUUAAAGAAUUGGAUCAUUAAUAAUGGCAACUCUAAUAUUUAGAAGCAUUCUACUUUGCUAUAGUCACUAUGCUAACCAUUGGAUAUGGUGAUAAUAUACCAAAAACGUGGAAUGAAAAAAUCGUUGCAAUAUUCUUCAUCUUAAGUGCUUGCUUAUGGUUUUCGUACAGUAUUAAUGCCAUCGGCACUAUAAUAAAAGAAAUCAACUAACAUUUUAUGGAAAGAAGCAGAAAGAUUAGAGUCAUCAACAGAUAUAUGCAUCAAAGAAAUAUCCCUUUUUCUUUGUAGUAUAGAAUCAGAGAAUAUUUGACCUUUAGAUGGAAGGAGGAAGCAGAAAUCGAUUUGUAAUAAGAAGAAACCUUAUUGAAUGAAUUAUCUGAAGAAUUGAAACAGGAUCUCAAAAAGUAAGCCAAUAAUGUAUUUUUCAAACAUUGCGAUUUUCUCUUUAAAAACUUCAGUUUGGAACUACAGAAUUCUCUUUCACCUUUUAUAAAAAGAAAAAUAAUUUAGCCUUAGAAUACAUUCUCCAUUUACACUCUAAGUGAGGUUUAUUAACCUCAUUUGUGUUUUGUAGAAUAAGGCUAAUUGUAAUAUCAAAAUAUUCUUAAUGUGUCCUUAAAAUCUGUAUAGAAUCAAGGGUAGUUCUUGGAAGUCUCAGAAUUCAUUGAAGAAAAUGAUAAUGCAUAAACCUUCAAAGCAAUAGGAUACGUGAGUUUGCUUGUAUUAAGCAAGUCAGAUUUCGUGUCCAUCAUACGCUAAUAUCCCAAGGAUUAUUAAAAGUAUUGUAAUUUAAAAGAUUAAUUUGUACUCCAAGUAAAUCCUAAACAUUUACUAUUUGGGUAAUAUUGUGCAGCUUGCAAUAUCAACACGCAUGGAUUAAAAGAGUGUCCAAAUUUAUCUCUAAGUAUUGAUAGAGAAUUGAUUGUCAAAAGAUAUCAAUAUUCAUACGAUCAACAUAGGAGAUAUACUAGGAGAUCUAAAAAGAGAGGAAAGACAUCUUUUUCGACUAGAUGUGAUAGAGAAAUCAUAGAACAAUUCGCAAUAUAUUUUUAAAAUGAGCAACCUAAACUAGUUUAGAAUUAGUUAUCAAAACAAUUGACACAAGAACAAGAUUUCGAUGAUGGCAAAUCUGAUAUAAAUGAUUAAUCUCCAAUAAAUAAAACAUUUCAUUUUAAAAGAUAGGAAUCAAUUCAAUUGCCAAGGUGUUCUUUGUAAAGUGGAGAAGCAAUAUCAAUUUAGAAGUAAAUAAAUGUUAAUGAUUCUAUUGUUUCGAGUGAAAAUACUUCAAUAUAGAAUUUAAAAUUAUCAACCAGGUAAUAAUGCAUGAUAACUACUAACAAAUUUAUGACUGCUAAAUUAUCAAAAUACAAAAAGAUGUGUUCUCAAUAAAAUCAAAGAAUUCCUUUGAUUGAUACUGAUGAAUCAUUGAAGAUUGAUAUGCAGGAUUGUAUUUAUUAGAAUAUAGAAUUAUUGUACAAUAAGAUUUUCAACGAGGAGACAAUAAUUCCAAUUGAUAGAUCUAUAUACGAUUUACAAAUUUUGUACUUUUCACUUAAAGCGCAAUAAGGUAUAGAGUAAUUUGAGGUUGUCAAGAACUUCAGCUCCUACAUGGUCAAUCAUAAUAUUGAGAACAUUAUAUUAUAAAUAGAGUAGAAAUAUCAUACCUUACUGAUGAAGCCCAUUACCUAGCUAAUACGAUUUAUGUAUUAUCCUUAUGAAUUUAUAAUGAAAUUUUAAAAAAUAAAGACGCAGAGAUUGAAAUUGCUCAACUUUUACAAGAAAAGAUCCUUUAAGAAUUUGAAAUAGAAGCCAUCGAAGAUAAAUGAUUUAGUAAGAAAAUGGGAGACCCCCAGAAAAUCUUAUCGUUUUAGUGUUAUAAUUCCAAAUGAUGAGUGA